AUGUUAAGUGAUAUACCGGUGGAGACAUAUGGAUUUGAAGACGAUAACAUUCAAAAUAUAGAAGAAUUUUGGAAAGCAGGAAUAGUGGCAGAUGAUAUACACAAGACUGUUUAUCUGUACCCAGAAGAAGUGCCUCCAUUGAUGAAAAGGUUUAUACAAUUUCAUGAUGAAUACAUCAAUAAUAAUAAUCUUCACCCUCUUAUUAUUGCAUCACGUGUAUUUUCAAUCUUUCUUCAUAUUCAUCCAUUUAUUGAUGGUAAUGGGCGUGUUGGUCGUUCAAUUAUGGUAUAUCAUCUUAUCCGCAGUGGCUAUCCACCUAUUGUUUUUCAAUAUAAUACAUCGGGUUUAUUGACAGUUUGCUUGUUUAUGGUACAAGCAGGCAAUAAUUCAAUCCAUUUAUACAAUAUGGUGUUGCGAAACAUGAUUAAUAUUUUAAUGAAAUAUCAAGGUGAAUCCAUCAAAAAUUAUGUAUAA